AUGAAUUUAUAAAAUGAAGGCUCUAUUGAGUUGUCUGGAAAUCCAGUUUCUAGGGCCAAUGAAGAUGAAGCAGUAUAAUAUUAAAAAAGACUAUCUGUUAUCAUUUUAAAUCAAAUCGAACGAAAAAGAUCAAAAAGAAAAUCGACAAUUAUAUAAAGCUCUAAGCAUAAAGCCUUUGAAGAUAGUCGAGUAACAAGAGUGUAUUUUGAAAGAUAUCGUGUUUUAGAAUAAGGUAGAUUUUGGAUAAUUUGUGCUACUCUAGUUUUAGUUGUUUUAGAGGUGUAAAUUAUAUUAAAUAAUUAUAGUAUGAAGUUUCUUUUUUGCAUCAAUUAACGGACACUUACGAUAACGAAAUAAAAAUAUUACUCUAUUUAAUAAUGAUCUUAUCUAUAGUUACAAGUAUAUUAUUAAUAUAUUUAGUUAUUAUGACAUUUAUUGCUUAUUUAGCAGAACUUGAAUUUAAAAAACGUUCUCUUUCUAUUCCUAAAGCCAGCAAUAUAUUUUAAACUAAUUUGAUUUUCCUAUUGUUUUUAGAGACUAUUAUUCUAUUACCUUGUCCUACACCUUAUACAAUGGAAUUCAAAAUAUUCUAUACAUAAAGAUAUUCAGACCAAAUUCGAUUUUAUUACAUUAAUGAGAUUCUCACUUUCAUAAUGCUUUUUAGAUCCUUAUUGAUUCUAAACAUAGCAUUUAAAUUCUCAGACUUCUAUUCUAAUAGAGUCAAUAGAUUAUGGUAUAUAUUUCUCACAAUUUAAGUCGUAUUUAUUCAGUAGAUUUUGGUCCCCAUUUUAUAUUUAAAGUAGCAAUAAGAGAACAUCCCUAUAAGACUAUUUGUGGACUCUUUUGUAUAGGAUUAUUUAUUUUCUCUUAUUAAUUAGAGAUUUCAGAAAGAUCUUUAUUAAGAACAGAAUAAGAAGUGAUGUCUUAUAAUUUUAAGAAUUCUCUUUGGGUUUGUAUGAUAACAAUAUUUACAGUCGGUUAUGGUGAUAUAUACCCUUUAACUGAUCUUGGAAGGUUUUCAAUGACUUUAGGUUUAUUCUAUGGGGUAGCACUAACAUCUUUGUUUACAGCUAUUCUGUAUUCUGAUUUAUAACCUUUCACUUCAGAAAUGCGUUCUAUAACAUUGUUAGACAAAGCUAAUUUAAAAAUCUCAAUAAAGUAAUUAGCUUAAAAGGCUAUAUUAAAUUUAUUUAAGCUUCAAUCAUACUUUCAAAAAAACAGAUAAAAAAAUAUAUAAAGAAAUCCAGCUAUUAGAUAAAGAGUCUCUUUUAUUAAUGGUAUUUUACAAAAAAGCGAGAAUAUGAGAAGGUAAACAUUAAUUGUAUAUACAUCAGAAACUACAGGACAAUUGAUACUGAAGAUAUAAUUACGAUGGGAGAGAGAAGAUUUCAAGAAAUGACUCAUUUUUUCUUUGAGUAUUAUGAAAUGCUUGAAUAGAUGUAAUAAUAACAAGAGCUAUUGGAAGAUUUGGAUACACCAAGAAUUUAAUCAAUUUAGAGAAGUCAUACAGUGACAUCAGCCAGUCUUGAAAUAAAAAGCAAAGAUGAUUAAUAUUUUGAAGAAUUGAUUGAUUCUUAAUCAGAAAAUCCUUAAUUAAUGAAAUUUCAUGAUGAAGAAUGA